ACACGUUCCACCAAUCACAGCGUAUCCUUUUCUAACAAUAAUCUUCUGACGUGCUCUGAAGCGCAUUUUUCUCACUUAUCGUGUUCAAGCCAUUUCAUAUGUACAUGGUUUUUUUCCGUCUUUCACAUCAUCGGCAAAACUCUUCCACCCGAGAGCGACAUAGCAUAUUACAUGCCCCACGACAACACAUAGUCGAAUUGAAGUUGAUUAUUUGCUGGCCGCCAUAUUAAAGCGAGACAAAAGAUUUUUUAUUAUUAAAAAGGUUUUCUGUUUCUAAACAAAAUCAAAAAGGUUCCAACCGCUUGUGAACAGUUCUAGCACCAGGAACUUCUAAGCAUGGAGGACCUAACAAAGACGAUAAUGUUUACGACAAAUACGCUGCAAAAUGGUACACCGACAACGAUCCAAUAUCAAACCAGCGAUGGUACACUGAAACCGAAAAUCGAAGGACAGAAAGGCCAAGAGUUCCCGACUUUUUGCUACACAACAAAUGUAAAUAAAAUUCAAAUGUUAACGCCAACGUCUCAGGGACACACAAGUACCGUUAAUCUGGCACAAUUAACCGAUGAUAACAAGACGUGUUAUAUCGCACAACCAUUCGGAUAUGCCAAUUAUGCACUGGUGAAUCAGAUGCAAAUGGGUGGUGCUGGUACCGUUGGUACAGUUGCCGGAAUUGCUACAGUCGACAGCAAUGGUCGUAUUCAAGUGGUUAAUAAACCCAUUACCAACACUAUUUCGAACAUCAGUUUCAAGUGCGAUGUGUGUGGCCUAAUGUUUUCGCAUUUAACACUGCUGAACCAUCACAAACGGAUUCACACACAGGACGGCAGUGACACAAACAAUGAACAGAUUACCGUUGUUACACAGUCGCAAAACAUUGUGCAAGCGCAGAAUAUUGUGAAUGAAAACGGUCAAAGCUUAGGACAAAUUCAAAUUGUCGCUACGGAGCAGUUAGAGCCAGCAACGACACAAGCCUUACAGCAAGCUGCCGAACAACAGCAACAACAACAAGUUCAACAAAUUAUUCAACAACAACAACAGCAGCAGCAGCAGCAGCAGCAACAACAACAACAACAACAACAACAUCAACAACAACAGCAGCAGCAACAGCAGCAGCAGCAACAACAACACCAUCAACAACAACAACCUCAAUCAAUCACAAUAACCACAACUAAAGUCACGGACAAAUUGACCAAAUGUAUCACAUGUGGUGCAUCAAUACCGGCCAGUACGAAGCGGAAAGGUCCCAAAUUAAUCCGUUGCGAGAAUUGUAUAAACAAUGACAAUGCCACGCACAUCCAAGCUCGCCAAACGGCAACACAAAUCUUUGUGGCACCCGACGGCGACGUCAAAUUCGAGAUGAGUGAAAUACCCAGCGCCCAAAGUGAUUCAAUGGAUUCGAUCGGUUCGCAGCACAACAUUAUGCCGGUAACAAACACAUCCAGCGGAUCGUCGAAUUCAAAACAACAGCAAAACCAAAGCGGUCACAUAUUGCCUGGUUACUAUCCGGUGAAAAAGCGCAAUUUAGCCGCAGUAACGAAAUGCAAUAAGUGCAACGGGUCAGGUGUGAUAUAUAUUGGUGGUCAGAAGCCGGCAAAAGCCGGUCAACAGGAACAACAGAAACCGUUCCAUUGUAACAUUUGCGGCGGUUCGUUUUCGCGAUAUUCGAGUUUGUGGUCGCACAAGAAAUUGCACAGCGGCGAGAAAAACUACAAAUGUUCCAUCUGCGGUCUGGCAUUCGCAAAAGCUGUCUAUUUAAAGAAUCACUCCCGCAUCCAUACCGGAGAAAAGCCGUACAAAUGUGCCACGUGUGGUAUGCAGUUCUCCCAGUCACCGCAUUUGAAAAAUCACGAGCGUACACACAGCGGUGAAAAGCCGUACGUGUGCGAGGUGUGUGAUAAAGGAUUUGCCCGCCAUGCAACUCUGUGGAAUCAUCGCAGGAUUCACACCGGAGAGAAGCCGUACAAAUGUGACAUAUGUGGAUCGGCAUUCAGUCAGGCAGCCCAUUUAAAGAAUCAUGCAAAGGUCCAUUCCGGAGAGAAGCCAUUUAAAUGUGAUAUUUGUUCCGCUGCAUUCGCGGAUCGUUUUGCAUUGAAGAGACAUCGACAAAUUCACGAAAAAUAUGGACAAACCGCACCCCGUCAACCGGCCCAAGUACCGAUGGAGGUACAAAUCGUUCACAAGCAAGAACUGCCGGAAAUCGAGGAUGAAGAUGAGGAAAAUGUGAACGAAGUGAUUAUAUCAGGAUUGUAGAGUGAACUUAGUCUAUUCGAAAUUGUGAAAAUUUAGUCACAAAAAAUUUGAAGACUAUGGACAACUGCUGAAUAACUAUUUCCUUUAUCCUCAAUAAAUUUUUUGAUAAAAAAUUUGACUUCUACAAAUUCUGAAUCGUUAGGGAAAACUUUUUCACCUUUCACCCUUCAAUACUUAAGAUUUAUUUCCUUGAUAAUGUAAAUUUGUUAAUUUAUUUAUUAAGCUAUUUAUAGAAUGAAUAAAGUAAAUAAUUAAAUUGCA